AAAAAAAAUCCUAAAAUAUAAAGGACAUGAAAGAUAAACUUCGGAAAUUUUCCCGCAAAUGCCCGCAUACACCGCUCAUAAGUCAUAAGUUCAUAACUAACCAAAUCACAGAAUCACUCUUUAUUCCAAACAAUUUGGAUGUUACAUUAGAAUUUUGAGCAAGAAAUCUUGCUCAAACCAACAAAUAUGUUCACCAAAUCCCAAUGUUUCGAUAUCAGCUAUUUUUUCCAGUCAUCUCGUCAUCUACAAACUUCACUCAACACCAGAUUCUCACUCUCUCCGACUGAAACUCAUGAUUCUUCCAAAAAAUUCAGAGAUUCAAAUGUUGUUGAUAUUCCCAAUAAAGGGUUGAAGAAAUUUCGAAGAUUUGAGAAGCAAAAAAUAAACCCAGUUGUUGUAAUUGAUAAACAGAGUAGUUUGAGUAAAAACCCAGUUGGGUCUGUUGAUGAUUUCACUAGAUUACAAUCUGGGAAUAAUUUGGAUCAAGAAAGGAAGAUAAAUGGUGCAGUUGAAUUGGAAGUUGGGGGUGAAAAUUGUAGUGUUAAAAAGUUGCACACCAAGUGUUCGACGAAAUGGGCCAGUUAUGGUGGGUGUAUUCCAUCCAUAUUGCAGGCGUUGGAGAGUGUAAGUGACUUAGAUGAAGCGUUUCGGCCGUGGGAAGAGAGGCUUAGCAACAAAGAGAGGAGUAUUAUCUUGAAGGAGCAAGUGAGUUGGGAGAGAGCAGUGAAGAUUUUUGAGUGGUUUAAGAAGAAGGGUUGUUAUGAGUUGAAUGUGAUUCAUUAUAAUAUCAUGCUUAGGAUUCUAGGAAAAGCGCGUAAAUGGGGCGAACUAGAAAUGUUAUGGGAUGAGAUGAAGUUGAAGAGGAUUGCACCAAUUAAUUCUACUUAUGGUACAUUAAUUGAUGUUUAUAGCAAAGGUGGUCUUAAGGAGGAGGCUUUGGUUUGGUUGCAGAGAAUGAAUGAACAAGGCAUGGAGCCUGAUGAAGUUACUAUGGGAAUUGUUGUUCAAAUGUAUAAGAAAUUGGGGGAGUUUAGAAAGGCUGAGGAGUUCUUUAAAAUGUGGUCUUCGGACAAAUCAACGAAAGGCAAGGAUGCACUAAAAGCACACAGAGUCAGCGCCACAAAAGUGAAUUCUAGGGCUCAACUAAAUUUGAGCUUGUAUACGUAUAAUACACUCAUUGACACUUAUGGGAAAUCUGGGCAGCUUCAAGAGAUGUCUCAAACGUUUCAGAAGAUGCUUGAAGAAGGAGUAGUUCCUGAUACCAUAACCUUCAAUACUAUGAUUCACAUCUAUGGCAAUAUAGGCAAGUUAGAAGAGGUUAACACAUUGGUGCGGAAGAUGGAAGAACUUAACCGCGCUCCUGACACAAGAACAUAUAACAUUCUCAUAUCUCUUUAUACUAAGCGUGAUGAUAUCAACCUUGCAUUUAGUUACUUUGCUCGAAUGAAACAGGCAUGCCUUGAUCCUGAUCCUGUGAGCUACCGCACCCUUUUGUAUGCUUUCUCUAUAAGGCAAAUGGUUUUUGAAGCAGAGAUGCUUAUCUCAGAAAUGAAUAAAAGGGGUCUUGAAAUUGAUGAAUUUACACAGUCUGCACUGACUAGAAUGUAUAUUGACGCUGACAUGCUUGAAAAGUCAUGGUCAUGGUUUAAGCGUUUCCACCUCGAAGGUAAUAUGACUUCAGAAUGCUAUUCUGCUAACAUUGACGCAUAUGGAGAACGUGGGUACGUUGAUGAAGCUGAGAAAGUGUUUGUUUGUUGCCAAGAGAAGAAAAAAUUAGGUGUGUUGGAAUUUAAUGUGAUGAUAAAAGCUUAUGGCAUAGGUAAGAAGUAUGACAAGGCAUGUCAAUUGUUUGAUAGUAUGGAGAAGUUAGGAAUUCUACCAGAUAGAUGUAGCUAUAUCUCUCUCAUACAAUCACUAGCUGCUGCUGAUUUGCCUCAUGUUGCAAAGCCCUAUUUGUUGAAAAUGCAAGAAGCAGGUCUAGUGAAUGAUUGUGUUCCAUACUGUGCCCUAAUCUCAAGCUUUGCAAAGCUCGGUCAGUUGGAAUUGGCCAAAAGCUUGUACCAGGAGAUGAUUGGUUAUGAGGUGCAGCCUGAUGUGGUUCUCUAUGGUGUGCUGAUUAAUGCUUCUGCAGAGAGUGGAAAUGUUUCAGAUGCCAUCGACUAUAUUGACGCUCUUAAAAAGGCGGGUCUCUCGUUGAAUGAUGUAAUUUGCAACUCCUUGAUCAAACUAUACACAAAAGUUGGAUACUUAGAAGAAGCAGAAGACACUUACAGACUGCUCCGAUCAUUUGAAAAGGGUGCAGAUGUAUAUUCUUCAAAUUGUAUCAUUGAUUUGUAUAGUAAACGAUCAAUGGUUACAGAAGCAGAAGAGAUCUUUUAUGAUUUGCAAGAAAGAGGCGAAGCAAAUGAGUUCUCAUAUGCUAUGAUGCUCUGCAUGUACAAGAGGAUAGGCAGGCUAGAAGAAGCAAUGAGGAUUGCAGAGAAGAUGCAGGAACUAGGACUUUUGACCGAGCUGUUGAGCUAUAACAGUGUGCUUGCUCUAUUUGCUGUUGUUGGGAGAUUAAACGAGGCCGUUUCUAUCUUCAAGGAGAUGCUUAGACUUGAGAUUGAACCCGAUGAUUCUACUUAUAAGUCACUCGGAUUAGUUCUUGUGAAAUCUGGAGUUCCCAAGCAGGCUGUUGCUAAGCUGGAGGUAACGAGGAAGACAGAUCAUAAAAGUGGUCUGCAAUCAUGGGUUUCAGCCCUCACUUCUGUGGUUUGCAGGGACAACUAUGGCAACUAUGAUGGUGACUAAAUGCUUAAUGAUCAAGUUAGGCUCCUUGUUCCUAUAUAGUAGUUGCUGUAAGAAAAAAGGCUAGAUAGAGAAUUUGUUCUAGCGAACAACAAGGAUGAAGCAUGAUGGAGCUCGACACGAAAUGGAUUUACCAUAUUGCUCCAUUCUCACAAGUUUGUAGGAGAACCGUUCUCGAAAUAGCUUCUUUUGUUAGGGUCGAUGAAGUGCAGAAAGUGGUGUCUGUGUGCACAUUGAAGGUGAAUGGAUGUCAUGGCUAGCUUCUUGUAGAAAUUGUACAUUGCUCUGGAGCUUGAUAAUGUAUUUCUUUAUUCCAUGUUCUUUCACAGUAGGCAUGAAAAGAAAUCUCCAAAUUGUACUAAUGAUGUGAAAGAAAAUGUUGCUAAAAUAGAUGGAAAGUUUUUUGUUAC